AUGGGAGAUCCAAAGCUGCCAAGAAAGAACUGGAGAAAGCCAAAGCGCCCGCUCAAUUAUGAUCUAAAGGUAGAGGAGCUCAAGACCUUGGGCAACUUUGGGCUCAGAACCAAGAGGGAGCUCUGGAAGACGCACACCGAGCUCUCAAGGUUAAGAAAGCAGGCCCGCGCUCUCCUAGCGCUGAGGCAGGAGGAGAGGCAGGAACGGGAGCCGAUACUGCUCAGCUCGCUUGCGCGCAUAGGCCUCAUACAGGCCGAGUCAACGCUGGAUGACGUGCUGAACCUGCAGGUGACCGACCUGCUGCAGAGGAGGCUGCAGACCAUAAUCGUAAAGAGGAUGGGCUUCAAGACGGCAUACCAGGCACGGCAGGCCGUGGUGCACGGGCACAUAUCAAUCGGGGACAGGGUAAUUGACAUUCCAUCGUAUAUCGUGACAGUGGCGGAGGAGGACGGGAUCGGGCUUACGCCGGGCUCGUCGUUUGGCGACAUCCUAAAGAAGGCUCCCGCAGAAGAGGCGCCUGUGCCCGACGUGGCAAUCGUAGAGGCGUAA